AUGUUGGGGGAGGAGAGGGAGCAGAGUUCCAGUUAUCAGCAAACCAUCCAGUCCCUCCAAGACAGAGUACAUGGUCUAGAAGGGCUCUCUGAGGAUUCAGUUACACCAUUUCAUGAUAGAAUUCUGGCUUUGGAAGGAGACAGGGUCACUCUCUCCUGCAACUACUCCGUCUCUUCACCGAACCUUUUCUGGUAUCGACAGUACUCCAGCUCACCUCCACAGCUUCUCAUCACGGACUAUUCAGAGAAGUUGGCUGCUAUGUGCUUUGAAUGCAGAGCUCAAAAAGACAACGUGCUCCAACCCAAAGGAGAUGUGACUGUUAGUGAGGGAGAGACAGUAACACUGGACUGUCACUAUAACACCAGUGGCUCAAAUACAAAUCUUUACUGGUACAGACAGGCUGCAGACGACAAGCCCACAUUUAUUCUGAGCCGCUUUACUUUUGGAUCAGGGACCACAGUAGACGGGUUCAAGGAGAGAUUUGAUUCCAGCCUGGAUUCCAGCUCAAGAUCAGUUCCUCUGAAGAUCCAGAGUCUGCAGCUGUCUGACUCUGCUGUGUACUACUGUGCUCUGAGGCCCACAGUGACAGGAAACUGCAAGACGUACUACACAAACCUUUGGAGUGUCUAUCAAGAAUCCAGAGACAACGCGAUGUUAAACCACUCCCACUAG